CGGGCAGCGCCUCGCCUCCGCCCCGCUCGCUGUGUUUCGUUUCCCAGAGGAGGCGCGCUGCCUGGAAGAGGAACUCGCCUGAAGUCAGAGGCGGGAACCCGCGCUCGUCGUCUUGCGGGUGCGGAGAGGGAACAGGGGCCAUGGACACCGCGAGUGGCAGAGGGGCGCGGGCCAGGCGGGGGACGCGUCCCGCAGCUCCGAGGAGCCGGGGCGCGGAGAAGGGCGCAGCCCGAAGCCCCUCGCGGGGCCGCGUCGCGGGUGAAAGCCCGAGCGGCACCGCCACCCUCCGGGCACCGCGGAAGGACGGAGCCCCCGCCCGGGGCGGCCGCCCGGCGCGGCGAGCUCCCGCUGCCCCGGAGCUGCCAGCGAGCGAGCCGGCGGACGGCGCAGAGGCGCUCCCCGCCCCGCGGAGCAGGACCAGAGCCCCCGCGGCUCCGCGGAGCGUCGCGGCGGUGCCCGACGGGGCGGUCUCUGCCCCCGCCCGUCGCCCCCCGCCGGCGGCGGACGCCUUACGGCUCCGGGAGGUGCUGUCGCGGCUCAGCCUGCCCCGCGAAGAUGUGUCCUUGGCGUCGACGCUGGUGAACACGGUGGUCUCGCACCUGGUCCAGGCCAUCCGUGCCAAGGACAGCUGCUUCAGCUCCAUCAAGCUGCUGGGCGCCGGCAGCUACUACGAGCGCGUCAAGAUAUCUGAACCAAAUGAGUUUGACAUCAUGCUUGUAAUGCCUGUUGGAAGAAUUCAGCUGGAUGAAUCUGAUGAUACUGGAGCCUAUUAUUAUGUGUCAUUCAAAAGAACUCCAAAAGAAAAGGGUUGGUUGAGGUUUUUAGAGGAAGAUGGAAAAUUAUCAGCCUUUAAAAUGCUUCAAGCACUAAGAGAAAUUAUUAAACAGGAAGUAAAAAACAUUAAAGGUGUGGAAGUCACUGUGGCAAGGAAAAAGGCUGGAAGCCCUGCAAUAACUCUUCAGAUCAAAAAUCCUUCAUCAGAAAUAUCAGUGGACAUCAUCUUGACUUUGGAGGCUCAGGGGAAGAGCUGGCCCCUCAGCACACAGGAUGGCCUCAAAAUUGAACAGUGGCUGGGAAGAAAAGUCAGGAGGGUUUUGAGAUUUAAAUCACUUUAUUUAGUAGCCAAGCAAAACAAAAGAGAAAAAGUUCUAAGAGGGAACACCUGGCGACUCUCCUUCUCGCAUAUCGAAAAGGACGUGAUAAAGAACCAUGGCCACUCAAAGACAUGCUGUGAAUCCAAUGGACCAAAGUGCUGUAGGAAAGGUUGUCUUAAGCUGCUGAAGUAUCUUCUAGAGCAACUCAAAAUGAAAUAUCCAAAAGAACUGGAAAAAUUCUGUUCGUAUCAUGUCAAAACUGCUUUUCUUCACUCCUGCGUCACGUGGCCAAAUGAUUCAGAGUGGCACUUGGGAGACCUGGAUCAUUGCUUCCAGCAAUGUCUGAGAUUUUUUGUGGAUUGUCUGCAAAAGUCUCAGCUGACUCACUUUUUUAUUCCCCAAUACAACUUGCUCAGCCUAGAAGACAAGGCAAAACAUCACUUCCUUUCAAGAAAAAUAAGCUAUGAGUUGAACAAUGGAUUCCCAGUAUUUCAUGAGAAUUAUUAAGAACACUGUUCACAAUAGAUAUCUAAUCAUGUUGACUUGCCUAUUUGAAAAAAAACAAUUCUGCACUAUAAACUACUCUUCAGUAGUCUGGUACUACAAACACCAAAAAAACUCAAACCAAAAUAAAAUCAAGAAGACAAAGAGAAAAAUGCAUACUUCAGUCACACUGCUUAGCCAUAACCCUUAAAAUAAAUGUUUUAAGUAACAUUUACCUUUCCUAUCCAAAUGUAGAUUCACCUGCAAAUAUCUUUGAGGUAUACUAAGAACCUAUGGAAGAAUUUGCGAUAGUUAAUUUCCCACAUGUAAUUUCUAUGUUUCCAAAUACAAAAGCAUCAAUGACUGCAUAAAGGGAAAAAUGACAAUUUUAUUUAAAAUUAAGAUCCACUGAAGAAUAUCCAAAAUACACUCCUGCUUUCAAAAGAAAAACAAAGUCACUGGAGUUACUUUGACAUUAACCAGAACAACUUCUCCAGGUCACCUGCAUGGAUGUAGAUCUUUUGCAGAGGACAAUCACCAGCACCAGUUAGCAGAGAGAGAAUAUUUUGUCUUAGUGAUGUGAAGUUCCUGAAGAAACUUACCCUUUCAGAAUUACUUCAGAAAGGAGUCUUUUCAUUGAGCUUUGGAUGGGAAACAAUCAUUACCUAAUAUGCUGCAACAGAGUAGAUGGUUUUGUGCCAAUGAGCAUUUGUAUGAUGAAUCAUGUAGACAGAAAUGCAUGUUUCAAUAUGUAUCAAAGAGGAAGACUCUUGAUACAAAAGGUUAUCAAAACCAAAAUGUAGCAUGAACUGGACACUCCUGAAACUGAAAUUCAUAUCAAUUUUUCUUAUAUUGAAGAAAUGUGUGUUGGGAAAAAGUAAUUAUAAUAUUUCCUAUUACUAAAAUUACGCAGGUGAGAAGUACACAGCAUUUGAAAACUGCUGUGCUUCAAAUAAAUACAUCUUUUGCUUCUACUUAUAGAAGCCAUGGGAAGUCCAAAUUUUUAGCCUACUUUUUGAAGGCAAAAUAACCUACUGCCUUGAAUAAUGCCCAGAUUUACAUCAAUUAUUAGCAAAUUGAGAGGGAAGAAUAUUUAGAGUAAUUUUACUAAAAUAUUCUCAUUUUACUGAAUGUUGUUUAUGAGUUUUUAUUUAAUCAUAUGACACAUAAAUAAACACAAGUUCAGACUAAGCAUCAAAUGAAGGAAUAAUUCCUUCCCAUAUAAAUUUCAAAGAGUAGAAAACAUAACCCAUUAUCACUGGGAAUCUGUGACAGAACCUGACAUCCAAAUGUAAAGUGGGAAUCAACUAUCAGGAAGAAAUAAAAGCUGACCUUCAAAUGCAGACCUCUCAAAAAAUCGUGAGACACAAAUGUUAAGUUUUAAAAUAAGAAUGAAGAAAACUUCCUUCAGCAAACAUAAGUAACUGCCAACUGAGCAGUUUUGGUUAUCCUGAGAAAUACUUCUGCAUGCCAGCAGCAUAUCACGGCAAAGGUACAGUAUUUUCAAACUACAUUGACAAACAUUGCUUACAAUGAAUAAUCCAGUUAUCUAAAUAUAAAAGGAAAAAUUAUCUUUUACAUUUAUAUGUUUAUACUGUAUUUAACAAAAAAAAAAACCAAAAGAAAACAAAGGCACAAUAUUUGUUUUUAACCAGUAGAUCAUGGCUUUAGAAGGUUCAUACAUCACACAAGACAAAAAUUAAUUUUUAUGUGAAAAUAGUGUCCAAGUGCAGAACCAGAUUUAUUCCUGUAUAAAGGUAAUCCAGUUUUCUUUUCUAAGACACUUUUGAGAAGUUUGUUUAAAUAGGACAGGUACAGAAAAAAAUCAAACACAAAAUGAAACUUAUAAAUUCAAGCCUAUGG